UAGUCUGUGGGCACUUCUAUAUGUCUUUUCUAGAUUUUCAAAACAUUUCAGAUUAGAUAUUUGCUAUUGCUAGAGAUCGUCACGUAUUUUUUUAAUGGAAAAUGGCUAAUGAAGUAGAAUUAGCCCAAUCCGCUCUUCCUGGCGGCGAUACUAUCUUUGGCAAGAUAUUAAGAAAAGAAAUACCUGCUAAAUUUGUCUACGAAGAUGAUCAAUGUGUAGCAUUCCAUGAUGUGAAUCCUCAAGCACCCACUCACAUCUUGGUGAUUCCUAGAAAACCAAUAUCUCAGCUUUCCAAAGCUUCUGAUGAAGAUGAGCAACUUCUGGGACAUCUAAUGAUUGCUGCCCGAAAAAUUGCUGCUCAGGAAGGACUUGAUGAAAGCGGUUUCCGGCUUGUUAUCAAUGAUGGGAAGAAUGGUGCACAGAGUGUUUACCAUCUCCAUCUUCAUAUCUUGGGGGGAAGACAAAUGCGCUGGCCUCCUGGUUAAGUGGAAUAAUUAAAAAUUGAUAUAUAUAAAACUGUUAAAACAGUUUUUUUUUAAUUUCA